UCACCUUGAAAAACUAAUCCUUCCAGCUCUCUCUGUGACUCAUCUCUCUCAUUUGAUCCCCACCCUUUUUGUCUUUUUGUCCAUUUUUUAAUAUUUCUCCGCAUACCUUAUUUGUUUUCUUGCGUAUCACUUUUGAGCUCCAGACUUCCUCGUGUCUCUCUCCAGCAUUAUAUUCACUCUUUCUUUCAUUAGCUCUUUCCAUUUUCUCCCUCUCCUAUUGGUAGAGUUUGGCCAAGAAAAUAUUGUGUUAAGGUACAAAUAAUCAAUUUGGAAAGAUGGAGAUAACCAAUGUUAUGGAAUAUGAGGAAAUUGCUAGGCAGAAAUUGCCAAAGAUGGUUUUUGACUACUAUGCAUCAGGAGCAGAAGAUCAGUGGACUCUCAAGGAGAAUCGCAAUGCUUUCUCUCGAAUUCUAUUUCGACCCCGCAUUCUUAUUGAUGUGAGCAAGAUUGACAUGACCACAAGUGUCUUGGGCUUCAAAAUUUCCAUGCCUAUCAUGAUUGCUCCAACAGCCAUGCAAAAAAUGGCUCACCCUGAAGGAGAGUAUGCCACAGCAAGGGCAGCUUCAGCAGCUGGCACAAUUAUGACAUUAUCCUCAUGGGCUACUUCCAGUGUAGAGGAGGUUGCUUCAACUGGGCCUGGCAUUCGCUUUUUCCAGCUCUAUGUCUACAAAGACAGGAAUGUUGUAGCUCAGCUUGUGAGAAGGGCUGAGAGGGCUGGUUUCAAGGCUAUCGCCCUCACUGUGGACACUCCAAGACUUGGCCGGAGAGAAGCUGAUAUCAAGAACAGAUUUACCUUGCCACCAUUUUUGACUUUGAAGAAUUUUGAGGGCUUGAAUCUUGGCCAAAUGGACAAGGCUGAUGAUUCUGGACUAGCUUCAUAUGUUGCUGGCCAAAUUGACCGGACACUUAGCUGGAAGGAUGUGAAGUGGCUUCAGACAAUCACAUCAUUGCCAAUCCUGGUUAAGGGUGUCCUUACUGCUGAGGAUGCAAGACUAGCCAUACAGAAUGGAGCUGCAGGAAUCAUCGUCUCCAAUCACGGAGCUCGCCAGCUUGAUUAUGUUCCUGCAACUAUUAUGGCUUUGGAAGAGGUUGUGAAAGCUGCACAAGGCAGAGUUCCUGUUUUCCUUGAUGGUGGAGUUCGCCGCGGAACAGAUGUUUUCAAGGCAUUGGCACUAGGAGCAUCUGGAAUAUUUAUCGGAAGGCCAGUGGUAUUCUCAUUGGCAGCAGAAGGAGAAGCUGGAAUCAGGAAAGUAUUGCAGAUGCUUCGCGAGGAGUUUGAGCUAACAAUGGCAUUAAGUGGUUGCCGUUCACUCAGGGAGAUCACCCGUAACCACAUCGUGGCCGACUGGGACCUUCCUCGCCCUGUUCCCAGGUUAUAAGCAGUCUGCCUGUCAUUAGAAUCCACCCACAUAUAUGAGAUUUUAAGGGUUGAUCAAACAUUUCAAAGAAUUUGAACUUUUUUAUUGUGACAAUCAAUAGUAUUUCUAUGAAUGGCCAGCGUUCUUGUAUAUUCUUUUAUUCCAAACUAGCUGAUGCACAAGCCUCAUUUUAUAUUACUUGAUCAGCAUUGUUAUGCUUUCAAGGUGCA